AUGAGAGUGCUAAUAUUCAAGCACAUCUUUUUUGGAAACUUCGUUGAUUUCAACAGAGGAUUCCAGACAGUGUUCAUCUUCCUUCUGAUUCCAUGCUGCUUGACUCAGAAUUUCUCAGCACCUCCUGUUAUCCGGGAUGUGCCCUUCCUCUGGGCCUGGAAUGCCCCAACUGAAUUUUGUCUUGGAAAGUUUGGUGAUCCACUAGAUAUGAGCCUCUUCUCUUUAAUGGGAAGCCCCCGACAAAACGUCACAGAUCAAAGAGUUACAAUAUUUUAUGUUGAUAGACUUGGCCUCUAUCCUUUUUUAGAGCCAGGAACACAUGCAAAUGUGAAUGGAGGAAUUCCCCAGAAUGGAUCUUUGAAAGACCAUUUGGUCAAAGCUGAGAAAGACAUUUCUUAUUACAUUCCAACAGACAAAUUGGGAUUGGCUGUCAUUGACUGGGAAGAAUGGAGGCCCACUUGGGCAAGAAACUGGAAACCUAAAGAUAUCUACAGAAAUCGGUCAAUUGUGUUGGUUCAGCAACAAAAUGCACAUCUUAAUCUCACAGAAGCCACUGACAUAGCCAGACGAGAAUUUGAAAAGGCAGGAAAGGAUUUCAUGCUAGAGACUUUAAAACUGGGCAAAUCACUUCGGCCAAAUCAGUUAUGGGGUUAUUAUCUUUUUCCUGAUUGUUACAAUCAUAAUUAUAAUAAACCCGGUUUCAAUGGAAGUUGUUCAUAUAUAGAAAAGAAAAGAAAUGAUGAACUCGACUGGUUGUGGAAGGAAAGCACUGCCCUUUACCCAUCCAUUUAUUUAAACACCAGACAGACUCCUCAACAAGCUAUGCUCUUUGUGCGUAAUCGAGUUCAGGAAGCUAUUAGGAUGGCCAAAUUACCUGAUGCUAACAAUCCACUUCCGGUUUUUGUAUAUACCCGCCUGGUUUUUACUGAUCGAGUUUUAAACUUCCUUUCUCAGGAAGACCUUGUGAAUACAUUUGGUGAAACUAUUGCACUGGGUGCCUCUGGAAUUGUAAUAUGGGGAAGUCUUACUUUAAUGCGAAGUAUGAAAUCUUGUUUGCUCCUGGAUGAUUACAUGCAGACCAUCGUGAAUCCUUACAUAAUCAACGUCACUCUGGCAGCCAAAAUGUGUAGCCAAGUGCUUUGCCAGGAGCAAGGAAUAUGUAUCAGGAAACAUUGGAAUUCAAAUGAUUAUCUUCACCUGAACCCAAAGAAUUUUGAUAUUCAAAUUGGGAAAAGUGGAAAGUUCACAGUACUUGGAAAACCCUCAAUUGAUGACCUGCAGCAAUUUUCUCAAAAAUUUUCUUGUAGCUGUUAUACCAACUUGAAUUGUAAAGCCAUCUCUAAUGUACAAAACAUUACUUUUAUUGAUGUAUGUAUUGCCGACAAUAUUUGUAUAGAUACCUUUCUACACCCGGAUCCUAAUGAGCCUUUCAGGUGGAUAGAAUCUUCAUCUACUUCCUACAACAUAUCGUCCUCCCCAGCAUCUGUCACAGUGCACGUUGUUAAUGUUUUGUUUCUUACCAUGAGUUCUGCUGUAGUAAAUUUGUAA